GGGGGACUAUCUUACUAUUUUCUUUCUUUCUUCCUUUUUUCACUCCCCAGAAGGCCACAAUGGCCAGUGUUCAGCCAGGCCUGAGCCAGGAGCUUCAUCUGGGUUUCCCAUGUAGGGAGCAUUGGCCCAAAUACUGAGGCCAUCUUCUGCUGUUUUUCCCAGGCCAUUGGCAGGGAGCUGGAUUGGAAGUGAAGCCACUGGGACUUGAACCAGGAGUCUCCAGGGGAUGCUGACAUUAUAGACAACAGCUUAAACACUGUACCACAGCACCAGCUCCACCUUUUCCAUUUGAAAAUUGAGGUUGCUUGUAGUAUAAUAUACAAACUUUAAUUUCUUGUUUUAAGUGUUUGCGAGUUGUGCAGCCAUAACCAUAGUGUAGAAAUCCCCACAGUUCCUCUUCCAUUGGAUCUAUUCCUGAAUAGUGCCCCAUGCCCAGUGGGUUUCCUUUAUGUGUGAGAUUGUUUUCAUUGAACUGGCUGUCAUCCAGGCCUCCUGUCUUAGCCUCCCGUGACCUUCACUUUCCCAAUCCCUGGACAAGCAGUUUUUCAGCCUUUGGGAAGGGUGUGAAAGGUGUGUGCCUCUGACUGGGGUAUAGCUUUAUAGGCAUGUUGAUUCAGCACUCAUUCACCUUCUUAGCUUACCAAAUGUGCAUAUUCUUUUUCUCCCUCGCUCACCCCCCAUGGGUUUUUAUUAUCCCUUUAACAGUGAAACCAAAAAGCGUUAGCAUCUUUUUAAUGCAGUUUUAGGAAUGGGUAGGGAGCAAAUACUUUUGUGUAGUCUGGUACCAUUAUAACUGCAGUUUCUUUCCACUAAUGCUGGUUUGCCUUUUUGACUUAUUUAAGGCCAUCAAGACCGUGUGAAAUUUCUUGGUGCUCAUUCAUUACCCUCAGGGAGCAACAAACCUAUGGGAAGAAUAUGCCUUCACCCACACAUCAUCCUUUUCCAACACAGACCCUCAGAGGAGGGGGUCGUGGGAAGUAUGAAGGAGGGUGCCUGCCUGAAGGAGGGUGCCUGAGCCCAUGGGUGUGUAUGCUUCCUGGGAUAGUGGCCGAGGUAACAAGCUCCCCAUGUCUGUGCCCAUCAUCAGAGACACUACAGCUUCCAGAGGUCCAUGCUGAGCCAGCUACACCUCUUUUCCUUGUAAUCUUGUGUUCUGGCUUGGGCUUAAGUUUUUCCAUAUCCUAACACUUUUCUGUUUUUCCUGUAGGACCAUGGAUUUUCCUGGUCACUUUGAACAGAUCUUCCAGCAGCUGAACUACCAGAGACUCCAUGGCCAGCUCUGUGAUUGCGUCAUCGUUGUGGGGAACAGACAUUUUAAAGCCCACCGCUCCGUGCUGGCAGCAUGCAGCACACACUUCCGGGCCCUGUUCUCGGUGGCAGAGGGAGAUCAGACCAUGAACAUGAUCCAGCUGGACAGUGAGGUGGUAACAGCAGAGGCCUUCGCAGCAUUGAUUGACAUGAUGUACACCUCUACCCUCAUGCUGGGGGAGAGCAACGUUAUGGAUGUCUUACUGGCAGCUUCUCACCUGCACUUGAACUCUGUUGUUAAGGCGUGUAAACAUUACCUAACAACAAGGACGCUACCCAUGUCUCCCCCCAGUGAGCGUGUUCAGGAGCAGAGCGCCCGUAUGCAGCGCUCCUUUAUGUUGCAGCAGCUGGGCCUCAGCAUCGUGAGCUCGGCCCUCACUUCCAGCCAGGGUGGCGAGGAGCAGCCAGCGCCGAUGAGCUCCUCGAUGCGCAGUAACCUGGACCAGCGGACGCCCUUCCCCAUGAGACGCCUUCAUAAGCGCAAGCAGUCCGCUGAGGAGCGGGCCAGGCAGCGCCUCCGGCCAGCAGUGGACGAGUCUGCUGUGUCAGACGUGACUCCAGAGAAUGGGCCUGCAGGGCUUCAUGCUCGGGAGGAGUUCUUCUCGCCAGAUUCUCUGAAAAUUGUGGAGAACACAAAAGCCGAUGGGAUGGCCGAUAACCAGGAAGAUGGUGCUCUCAUGUUCGACCAGCCUUUUGGUGCUCAAGAAGAUGCCCAGGUGCCCAGCCAGUCUGACAACAGUGCCGGCAACAUGGCGCAGCUGUCCAUGGCCUCUCGGGCGACUCAGGUGGAGACAGGUUUUGAACAGGAAACGGCAGCUGAGAAGGGGGCUUUCCAGUGUGAGAACCCUGAGGUGGGCCUUGGCGAGAAGGAGCACAUGAGGGUGGUGGUGAAAGCAGAGCCCCUGAGCUCCCCCGAGCCACAGGACGAGGUGAGUGACGUGACCUCCCAGGCAGAAGGCAGCGAGUCUGUGGAAGUGGAAGGCGUUGUGGUCAGCGCCGAGAAGAUCGACCUGAGUCCUGAGAGCAGUGACCGAAGCUUCUCAGAUCCUCAGUCGAGCACAGACAGGGUGGGCGACAUCCAUAUUUUGGAAGUCACAAAUAAUCUAGAACCUAAGUCGUCUUUUAGCAUUUCUAAUUUUUUGAACAAGAGCCGAGGAAGUAACUUCAAUGCAAAUCAGAACAAUGAUGAUAAUAUCCCAAACACCACUAGUGACUGCAGGCUGGAGGGCGAGGGCCCCUACUUGCUGAGUCCGGAGGCUGGGCCUGCGGGCGGGCCCUCCUCUGCCCCCGGCCCCCACGUGGAGAACCCAUUCAGUGAGCCGGCUGACUCCCACUUUGUCAGGCCUAUGCAGGAGGUGAUGGGCCUGCCGUGUGUGCAGACUUCAGGCUACCAGGGAGGAGAACAGUUUGGGAUGGAUUUUUCCAGGUCUGGAUUAGGCCUCCACUCCUUCUCCAGGGUUAUGAUGGGUUCCCCAAGAGGAGGAGCCAGUAAUUUCCCAUACUACCGCCGCAUAGCUCCCAAAAUGCCCGUUGUAACUUCCGUCAGGAGCUCACAGAUCCCAGAAAACACUGCCAGCUCCCAGCUGAUGCUGACGGGGGCCUCGUCCUCCUAUGAAAGCACUCAUCCUUCCCAGCCUGGCCCCCCACAGCUGACCAGGGCGUCUGCGGAUGUCCUGUCCAAGUGCAAAAAGGCCUUAUCAGAGCACAACGUCUUGGUUGUAGAAGGCGCACGCAAGUACGCCUGCAAAAUCUGCUGCAAAACCUUCCUGACUUUGACAGACUGCAAGAAGCACAUCCGUGUUCACACAGGCGAGAAGCCCUACGCCUGCCUGAAAUGUGGCAAGAGGUUUAGUCAGUCAAGCCACUUGUACAAGCACUCCAAGACCACCUGCCUGCGCUGGCAGAGCAGCAACCUGCCCACCACCUUGCUCUAAGUGCCCUGGUCAGAUGCCACUAAGGCCAGCUGUGGGACUGAAAUGAAGUCUGUGUUGGGAGGCGGCUUGUGCCAUGGAGCUUCGGGCUUCACAUGCCCUGUGGCUGUUGAAAGUGCCAACAGGCAGGAAAUGGAGAUCUACUGCAUGUCGCCCAAACUGCCAGGCGGCUGAGUGACACGUGCGCCUCUGGAAGGGGAUGGGAUCCCUGAAACCAAGUUCUUCCUUAGGGUGAAGCAGUGCAGUUGUAGUUUGUAAUUAAUGUUGUUCAAAGCAGCACAUUUAAAAAUUGAAGCAAAACUUUUUUAAACCAUUUUUGUAAAUCCCUGGAGCAUUUAAUGAAAUUUCCUCUACCCUCUGAUGGGAAUGUUACAUCCCCUGUACAGUGAUGCAGAAAGGCACUUAGUGUAACCAGGCAGUGGCGACCUGGUGCCUGUCUGCGGCAGGUGCUUGGAAGUGUCUCCCAGGUGCGUCCCUGGCCACUAAAAGUACUAUAUUUCUAUUUUUGUCUGAGUUGCAGUCACAGGUGCUGCACUUCAAUGGUGCUGACACUGGUCCAGAGCAUGCGUGCUCUUGGACUGUUAGUGUAGAUGCUUCUGGAAACAUCCCUGUCGGGUAGGUGUCUUUACCAGUUUUUUUCUGAUUUGAAGAACAGAGUUGUAAAUGGAGUAUGUGCUUAUAGGGAGUGCCACGUAAGGUCUUGUUUCUAUAUGUGCUGUUUUAGCAGUGUUUUAAAACACUUGUAUUACCGAUGUUACAGUCCCAUUUGGAAGUCAGAGAAGAGCUGGUGUUUGUCAUUGUUCUGAUGUAGUCCCAUUUGUGGGGUCUUCCAUGACGCAUUUACCUUUUACUCACCCAGACAUCCAGGCCAGUCCAGCGUGACACAUCCCACCCAAGGGCAAGCCCCUCUCGCCUCGCUGCUUCCCAUUUCUGUGCAUUACUGUCUUCAAUUAUAAACUAACCAAAAACAACGCUCCCUACCCCCAUGGAUUUUGUUAUAGCAUAGACCUUGAACUUUUUAUUAGUUAGUGUGCCUCCCCCUGCAACCUGAUACUAUUUAAAGUUUUGAAAUCCAAAUGUAGUAGCAUUCAUGGAUAAAUAUUUUGCUGACUCUGUGAGUGGGGGUAGGCAGCCUGAAACUUAAAAAGUUACUGGGUAGCAUCCAAGACAACCAGAUGGGCCUGCAGGUCAUUCGCCAGCACCUCUCUGGGCCUUGCCACCUGACUCCAGCUCCUUCAUGCUGUCCUCUGGCCUUGGAGCAUCAGGGCUGCUGGUGGCACCUGAGUCCUGGCUCACAGGCAUUUGGGGACAGCACAGGUCAGUGCACCUCUGCAGCACUCACCAAAUAAGUUUAAUUCAUGCAUGAAUGGGGGUUCAUUGGUGUCCUGCUUUCUUACAGAUAACCAAACCAUUGUACUUCAUUCAGAGUUACUCAGUUCUUAUGUUUAGAAAGCUAAAUAUUUGUAUAGCGUAAAACAAAAACAAAUGUGUUGGCUCCUCUUAAUCCACAUCUCACCCAUUGGUGGCUAAACUCAUCAGGUCCACAGAAGGGCUCAGUGUCUCCUGCCAGCGAGUUCUAUUGGGGAGCUCAGGGGAAACACGUUGAGCAGAACUGGGAAAGGGAGGGGUAUGUGGCUCACCCUCAGCAGCCAUGUUGUGACAAUGUGUGGAGGCUGAAAAUCCAGCCCUCUACACAACGCAGGGACCAGUGUGUUGAGAGAUUGUUCAUGGGAGUCAGGUGGUCAGCGUGGAGAGUGAGAGGCCCUGCCCAGGAUGAGGUGCCAGGAGCCUGCGUCCCGCUCCAGCUCAGCUGCAAGUUGGGCUUGGUCCUUGGGGCCUGUGAUGUACCCUGGAGCCCUGCCUAUCCUCUCCACUGCUGGACAGAACCUGGAGUCUCAUCUACCUCUUAGUUGCCACACCUCAGAAGCAAGCUAGCAGGCCAGUGUCUUUGGACAUGCUGUAGCACUUAAAGAGUAAUUCAGAGGUCCCUGGAGAACCAGUCUCAGGGUCCGUACUGUGACCUGUAGUUUCUACGCAUUAUAACUGGUGUUGGGUACCUGAAUUCUGAUUGGUUAGCCUUAAUUCUCGCCCCGGCAUAAUCGUGUAGAAUCUUUUCUGGUGAUCACAUAAAAGCUGUGUCAGGGCACCCGGGUCAGUGGUGCUAUGCUGGUGGAAUUUUAAAAUAAAUAAAACUUUGUCAUA